AUGUUUUAUUUUUCUCCUCUCUGUCUCUCUGUGAAAAUUGAAAAACACAAGAAACAAAUCUUUUAUUUUCUCUCUCUAAAAAACCGACGCAUUGUGUGCGCGUCUCUCUCUCUCUCACGGACACCAAUCGACGAUUAAUCCCAAAAUCGACUCGUCGUCUUCCUUUCAAACGUGACCGUUCUUAACCUUACCCUCGGCGCGUCUAAGCAAAAACCGCCGCCAAUACUCAAAAACCCAUACCCGUUAACAUUUAAACCGAAACAUCCAAAACGACACCGUUGCUCUUUUCUUUUUUCAAAUUCAUUACCCGCCGGCGAUUCGGUUCCGGCAAUUUUUAAGGCACUUGUUUCUGCUCCUGUUUAGUCUUUGACGGUUGGUUUCGAUUCCGGCGAGUUGGUGGUUUCUAGGCGUUGUGGGGAAUUGUAGGAGACAACAGAAGAAGUUACCUCCUGCAUUGCAUUCAUAGCAAGCAUUUCUGAUAGGGAAAGGCGGUAAAUAAUUCCAUGUGAGAUGAUGGCAUUUUUCAGGAACUAUACAAACGAAGCAGUUUCACAGAGUGUCCUAGAAGGAAAGAGGCAAGGUCGGGGUGUAGGUAGAAUGUUGGGCAAUGAGGAUGUAGAUAUGACUUCUAGUGAAAGAGAAUUGGAUAUGAACACAGAUGUGCAAUAUGAAAGUGAACCGGAUGAUGUGGUUAGGUUGCAAAGUAAUGUAGCUGCCGACCAUGAUGCUGGUGUGAAUAAUUCAGAGCUGCAGCCUUCUGGAAGGAAAAAUGUGGCUGGAAAAUGGGGUUCCAGUUUUUGGAAGGACUGCCAACCCAUGGGUAAUCCUGGGGCAUCCGAUUCUGGACAGGAUUCCAAAUCAGAGGGUAGAAAUGCAGUAGGGUCAGACGAUAAUGUAUCAAAUGGAAGGGAUGAUAGAUUAGAUUCAGAAGAUGAAGAGGGGCAAAAAGAAGCGGGUAAGGGGGGGAAAGGCCAUUCUGAUGUCCCUGCAGAUGAGAUGUUGUCUGAUGAAUACUAUGAGCAGGAUGGGGAGGAUCAAAGUGACUCGGUGCAUUAUAGGGGGUUUAGCCAGUCUGUUGAUUUGAGUUCUAGGCUGCAAAAAAAGCCGGUUCCUAUCAAGAAUAAUGUCUCCAGGAGGUCAAGAGGUUUGCACAAUAGUGAAGGUUAUGAUGACAAUAAUAAUGAUGGCGAUGCUGAUUAUGAGGAAGAAGAAGUUGAAGAUGAUCCUGAUGACGCGGACUUUGACCCUGAUUAUGGCAUCGCUAGUGGGCACGCAGGGGACAAGGAUAAAGACUGGGAGGGUAAAGAUUCAGAUGAAGAUAAUAACAGUGAUGAUUUGGUCAUCUCAGAUGGUGAUGACGAUGACGAUUCUUAUUACACAAAGAAACCUAAGAGUAGGCAACAUGGUAAAAGUGGGCGGAAUACAAAAUCUGCCAAAGAGAACAAGUCAUUGCAUGCUUCUGGACGACAAAAGAGAGGGAAACCAUCGUUUGAAGAAGAUGAGUAUUCAGCAGAGGAUUCUGACAGUGAUAGUGAUGCUGUUUCAAAGAACAUGACCAAGAGAGGUGCACAUUUUCGUAAAUCUAAUGCCCGGUCGGCUAUGUCAACAAACAUUGGUGGAAGAAACAAUGAGGUUCGAACUUCUAGCAGGUCGGUUCGUAAGGUGUCAUAUGUUGAAAGUGAUGAAAGCGAAGAAAUUGAUGAAGGGAAAAAGAAGAAGGCCCAAAAGGAAGAAGUUGAAGAAGAAGAUGGUGACUCCAUUGAAAGGGUACUGUGGCAUCAGCCAAGGGGCAUGGCUGAAGAUGCAGUGAGGAACAAUAGAUCAACAGCACCUAUUCUCUUAAGCCACCUGUUUGAUUCUGCUCUUGAUUGGAAAGAAAUGGAGUUCUUGAUAAAGUGGAAAGGCCAGUCACAUUUGCACUGCCAAUGGAAAUCAUUCUCUGAAUUACAAAAUCUGAGUGGUUUUAAGAAGGUACUGAACUACACUAAAAAAGUGAUGGAAGAUGUGAGGUACAGGAGAAAAUUUACACGCGAGGAGAUCGAGGUGAAUGAUGUGAGCAAGGAAAUGGAUUUGGAUCUAAUCAAGCAAAAUAGUCAGGUGGAGAGAAUUAUUGCUGAUCGAAUCAAUAAAGAUAGCUCUGGAAAUGUUGUGCCGGAGUAUUUAGUCAAGUGGCAAGGACUCUCUUAUGCUGAAGCUACUUGGGAAAAGGAUGUAGACAUUUCUUUUGCACAAGAUGCUAUUGAUGAGUACAAGGCACGUGAGGCUGCAAUUGCUGUACAGGGGAAAAUGGUGGAUCUACAGCGUAAGAAAGGAAAAGCAAGUUUAAGGAAGCUUGAAGAACAGCCUGAAUGGCUGAGAGGAGGAAAGCUUCGUGAUUACCAGCUCGAGGGUUUGAAUUUUCUAGUUAACAGUUGGAGAAACGAUACAAAUGUUAUUUUAGCUGAUGAAAUGGGUCUUGGAAAAACAGUCCAGUCAGUUUCCAUGCUCGGUUUUUUGCAGAAUGGGCAGCAGAUCUCUGGGCCUUUUCUUGUUGUUGUACCUUUAUCCACUUUGUCUAACUGGGCUAAAGAAUUUAGAAAGUGGCUUCCCAAUAUGAAUGUUAUAGUAUAUGUUGGUACACGUGCUAGUCGAGAGGUUUGUCAGCAGCAUGAAUUUUACAAUGAUAAGAAAGUUGGGCGGCCUAUAAAAUUCGGCACUCUGCUGACCACAUAUGAAGUUGUUUUGAAGGAUAAGGCAGUGCUUUCUAAGAUCAAGUGGAAUUAUUUAAUGGUCGAUGAAGCUCAUAGGUUAAAGAACAGUGAAGCGCAGUUGUACACAACUCUUUUGGAAUUUAGCACCAAGAACAAGUUGCUAAUUACUGGCACUCCAUUACAGAACAGUGUGGAAGAGCUAUGGGCUUUGCUUCAUUUCCUUGAUCCUGACAAGUUUAGGAGCAAGGAUGAUUUUAUUCAAAAUUAUAAGAAUCUUAGCUCUUUUAAUGAAAUUGAGCUCGCUAAUCUUCACAUGGAAUUGAGGCCUCACAUUCUCAGAAGAGUCAUCAAGGAUGUGGAGAAAUCCUUGCCUCCAAAAAUAGAGCGCAUUCUGAGGGUUGAAAUGUCUCCUCUACAGAAACAAUACUAUAAAUGGAUUUUGGAACGUAACUUCCAGGACCUGAACAAAGGAGUUCGUGGGAAUCAGGUCUCACUUCUGAAUAUUGUGGUAGAGUUGAAGAAAUGCUGCAAUCAUCCCUUCCUAUUUGAAAGUGCAGAUCAUGGUUAUGGCGGGGACAUCAGUACCAAUGAUAGCAGUAAACUGGAGAGGAUUAUCUUAAGCAGUGGAAAGCUAGUUAUACUUGACAAACUACUUGUCAGAUUGCACAAGACAAAACAUCGUGUCCUGAUUUUUUCCCAGAUGGUCAGAAUGUUGGAUAUACUGUCUCAGUACAUGUCACUCAGAGGGUUCCAGUUUCAAAGGCUUGAUGGUAGCACGAAGGCUGAGUUGCGUCAGCAGGCAAUGGACCAUUUCAAUGCACCUGGCAGUGAUGAUUUCUGCUUCCUUCUUUCAACUCGGGCUGGUGGGUUAGGCAUCAAUCUUGCAACUGCUGACACAGUUAUAAUAUUUGAUUCAGACUGGAAUCCUCAAAAUGACCUGCAGGCAAUGAGUAGAGCUCAUAGGAUUGGGCAGCAAGAAGUUGUUAACAUCUAUAGAUUUGUGACAAGCAAAAGCGUUGAGGAAGAUAUCCUAGAGAGAGCUAAGAAAAAGAUGGUUCUUGACCAUUUGGUGAUCCAAAAACUGAACGCAGAGGGUAGAUUGGAAAAGAAAGAAGCAAAAAAAGGGAGUUAUUUCGACAAAAAUGAGCUCUCAGCAAUUUUAAGAUUUGGGGCCGAGGAACUUUUUAAAGAGGACAAUGAUGAAGAAAGUAAGAAAAGACUCUUGAGUAUGGAUAUUGAUGAAAUUCUUGAACGAGCGGAGAAAGUUGAAGAGAAGGAAGCUGGAGGAGAGGACGGGAAUGAAUUGUUGGGUGCUUUUAAGGUUGCAAAUUUUUGUAGUGCUGAAGAUGAUGGGAGUUUCUGGAGUCGUUGGAUAAAACCAGAUGCUGUAACUGAGGCUGAAGAAGCUUUAGCUCCUCGGGCUGCAAGAAAUAUUAAGAGUUACAAGGAGGAUAAUCAACCUGAGAGAAGUAAUGAGAGAAGUAACAAACGGAAAAAGAAAGGUUUGGAAGCAUCAGAACCACAGGAGAGAGUGCAGAAGCGUCGCAAAGCAGAUUAUUCUACCCCCCUAGCUUCAAUGAUUGAAGGAGCAUCUGCUCAAGUACGAGAAUGGUCUCAUGGGAAUCUGCCUAAGAGAGAUGCUUUACGUUUUUCUCGUGCGGUGAUGAAGUUUGGGAACUUGAACCAAAUAGACUUGAUAGUUGAGGAGGUUGGUGGAACAGUGGCAGCAGCCCCCCCUGAAGAACAGAUAGAGCUUUUUGAUGCUUUGGUUGAAGGUUGUAGAGAAGCAGUUGAAGUUGGAAAUCUGGACCCAAAGGGUCCUUUGUUGGAUUUUUUUGGUGCCGCUGUGAAGGCAAAUGAUCUAUUGAGCCGUGUGCAAGUACUUCAGCUGCUAGCAAAGCGAAUUAGCCGUUAUGAAAAUCCCAUUGCACAAUUUCGAGUUUUGACGGACCUGAAGCCUUCAAACUGGUCUAAGGGAUGUGGCUGGAAUCAGAUUGAUGAUGCGAGGUUGCUUCUGGGAAUACACUUUCAUGGAUUUGGCAAUUGGGAGAAGAUACGGUUAGAUGAAAGGCUUGGCCUUUCGAAGAAGAUUGCUCCAGCAGAACUCCAGCAUCAUGAGACCUUUCUACCACGUGCUCCAAAUUUGAAGGAACGUGCUAAUGCACUCCUGGAGAUGGAACUUGCAGCUGUUGGUGGAAAGAAUGCAAAUGCUAAGGGUGGUCGGAAGGCCUCCAAGAAGGAGAGAGAGAAUGUUUUGAACUUCUCUGCAGCUCGGGGCAGGGACAAGAAAGUGAAGCCUGGGUCUGUAAUGGUGAGUGUACAAACAAACAAGAACAGGCCUCAGAGACCCCAUAGAGUUGAACAGUUAGCAAAAGAGGAGGGUGAGAUGUCAGACAAUGAGGAAUUAUGUGAGCAGUUCAAGGAAGUAAAAUGGAUGGAAUGGUGUGAAGAAGUCAUGUUUGAUGAAAUUAAAACCCUGAAACGUCUUAACAAGUUGCAGACUACCAGUGCUGACCUUCCAAAGGAAAAGGUGCUUUCAAAAAUAAGGAAUUAUUUACAGCUUAUUGGACGGAGAAUAGACCAAAUUGUCUUCGAAUACGAGGCAGAGCUUUAUAAACAAGAUAGAAUGACUAUGCGAUUAUGGAAGUACGUUUCAACCUUUUCGAAUUUAUCCGGUGAGAGACUUCGUCAGAUUUAUUCGAAACUUAAACAAGAGCAAGAGGAAGAUGCAGGGGUUGGACCAUCUCAUGCCAAUGGUGCUGCAUAUGGUUCUGUUGACAAAGACGGUGAUUCCAACAAUUUUCCACCCCUUUCUCGUAAUUUUGAGAGGCAAAGAGGGUAUAAAAAUGCAUCAGCCUAUCCAAUGUCAGAACCAAUAAACAGAGGUCAUGAUGCUGGGAAAUUUGAAGCGUGGAAACGACGCAGAAGAGCUGAAGCUGAUAUUCAACCCCAAUUUCAGCCCCCCUUACAAAGACCUAUUAGUAAUGGUACCCGUUUAUCUGACCCUAACUCAUUGGGGAUUCUUGGGGCUGGACCAGCUGAUAAUAGGCCUUUUAUUGAGAGACCUUUUCGAGCACGUCAAACUGGUUUUACUCCAAAACAAAAUUUCACUUCAGGUAUAAAGUAGGCUUAGUGGAAGGAGAGCAACUGGUUAAAAAGGCUUCAGCCUGCGGGUUUCCCCAAGUCGGUCGGUUACUUCUUGAGUCAUUGGCUAUACUGUGGAAUUCUUUUCAAACAUCACGGUAAGAAGGUGCCAAUUCCUAUUUGGUUUCUUUCUGGCUUAACCGAAAUAUCCUUUGGAUGAGGAAUCUGCAUAAUUGUACAAAAGGCAAGCCGAGGGAAUGGCCAAAAUCAAUUGACAUGAGCAAGAUGUAUGUGGUCGUGCUACAAUUUUUUGUUUGUUAGGAAAUGAGUCAAGUAAUUUGUUUUACGAAUAUAGUGAAAGAGUUAGGGAAAGAAAUAUUAAAAUCUCAUUCAAUUUGAAAUAUACAUAAAUGAGCGGAACAUCUUCACGCCCCUUUAGAGAAGUGUACAUUAUCAUUUUUGCAUAAUUUUCUCUCCGUUAUACCUUUAAUAAUUUCAGUUUUUCAAUAUUCUGAACCUUGUGUUAGUCUUGUCUGACACUAAUAAAACUUGUAAUUGUGUU